UGGCCGAAGGUGGAUCUCACCCGUCCGAGCCGCUCCGCGAUCCCUGUGAUCAUUUCAGUAAAAUCGUAUUGUUCCCACGAUAUUGAAAUCCUGUGAAAACGCGAGUGAGUGAACUGUGUGAUCUGUGGACGCCUGCUUCUUCUUGUCAUCACGACAUCGGACCGACAGGUGCAUUAAAUGAUGGGCGGAUGACAAGCAUGUUCUGGGGAGGUUUGUGGUGCGUGGUAGCCCUCCUUUUGGCGGUCUCGGCCACAAGGACGAUCCGAACCAAGUACGGGGAAAUAAGCGGGGUAAUGGUGACGCCGGAUUCCCGUCAUCUAGGUGCGGUCGAGGUGUUCAAAGGGGUACCGUACGCAUCACCGCCGACCGGGUCGCUCAGGUUCAUGCCCCCAGUGACCGGUGCCAUCUGGACCGGGGUGAAAGUGGCCGACAAAUUCGGGCCUGUCUGCCCCCAGCUUCUGCCAGAUAUCGGCAACGAGACGGCAGCCCUCCGGAGGAUGCCUCGCGGCCGACUCGAGUACCUCAAACGACUCCUGCCCUACCUCAAGAAUCAGAGCGAAGACUGCCUCUAUCUCAACAUAUACGCACCAGCAGGAGGGAGCAGAGAAAACCGCAGGUACCCAGUACUCGUGUACGUACACGGAGAGAGUUAUCAAUGGAGUACGGGAAACGUGUUCGACGGAACUGUGCUCGCCAGUUACGGGGGCCUUGUCGUCGUUACUAUAAAUUACCGCCUGGGAAUUUUAGGUUUCCUAAACGCAAACACAGACCCAUACCUGCGUUCCCCGUCGAAUUACGGCCUCAUGGACCAGAUCGCCGCUCUCCACUGGCUGCAAGAGAACAUCGUCUACUUCGGCGGAGAUCCAGGAAAUGUCACCCUCAUGGGUCAAGGAACAGGAGCUGCUUGCGUCCACUUCCUAAUGACCAGCAGCGCCGUACCCGAAGGAGUCCUGUUUCAUAGGGCGAUAAUGAUGAGCGGGUCUGCGAACGCGCCCUGGUCUCUGACACGUCAACCGUGGAAGUACGCCAGACAGCUGGCCAGGCACGCAAACUGUUCCUGGGACCAGUCACACGCACAUUUGCUGAAAUGCCUCCGCGAAAGACCCCUGGACCUGUUGAUGUCAACACAGGUCGAGUCAUCGCCGUUUUCAACCACCUUCGGACCCAGCGUAGAUGGAGUCGUCAUUGACACUCCACUCGAACGUCAAACUAACCUGAUUGGAGGUGCGAACGGAGGAAAAUGGUCUAACUCUAGAACCAGGGAACCCGGCCAAGGGCACGAAUGGGGAUCUUCCAGAAAAAGCCUCGUCACAAAACUUUCUCGAUACGACCUGCUCCUUGGCGUGGUGAAAGCGGAAGCGUUUUUGGCCUUCACUGGAGAUGACGUACAGUACGGGAUCGAGCCCGACAGAAGGACCAACAUUCUAAGAACUUUCGUCAAGAGCACAUACAGAUACCACCUGUCGGAAAUCCUGGCUACGAUAGUCAACGAGUAUACGGAUUGGGAAAGACCUGUCCAGCACCCCAUCAACAUCAGAGAUGAGACACUUGAGGCUCUAAGCGACGCGCAAUAUGUCGCGCCCAUCGUCCAUACUGCUGACCUCCAUUCUUCGGCACGACGAAACUCUUUCCUUUACGUCUUCGAUUACCAGACCAAAUUCGGAGAUUAUCAACAGAGACAAGGGUGCGUACACGGAGAAGAGCUGGCCUACGUUUUUGGAGCGCCACUUGUUGGUGGAAUAUCACAUUUCACCAAAAAUUACACCAAAGCAGAAGUUCUCCUAUCAGAGGCGACCAUGAUCUACUGGAGUAAUUUUGCGAGAACAGGUAAUCCUAAUGAACCUCAGGUAGCCGACAUGACCCACGUCCUUCGUCAGGAGAGAAGCAGAUUCAAAAACAUCGAAUGGACCCCUUACGAAGCCGUUCAUAAAAAAUAUCUAAGCCUAGAUACAAAGCCAAAGCUCAAAAAUCACUACCGCGCCCACAGGCUUUCUUUUUGGCUCAAUCUCGUUCCAGAUUUGCAUAAACCAGGAGGAGACGACGUCCCUUCCGCUCAUCACCAACUUCACGACGAGACGAAAAAUCAGGGUCACGGACCGACAUCAAAAAGGCCAGCGGAGCCGACAUCGAGUGUCACAUUUGAGGUGUAUGCUUCUUCGAUACCUGAACAUAACUCAAGCAUCGUUCAGCCACCGUUGGUUGUUGUGGCGCCUUCCUCCAGCGAUCGGAGCAAUCAUGAUCAACAAGAGGAUGGCUUUACAGCUUAUUCGACUGCUCUUAGUGCCACCAUCGCCAUUGGCUGUUCUUUGCUUCUGCUGAACGCCCUAGUUUUCGCUGGUGUGUACUACAGGAGGGACAAACGUCAUGGACACAACCACAACCAUGACAAUAUUCAAUCCACAGCUAAAAAGCGAACUGAAAACGGUGGACCAAUGGCAAACAUCUGUGUUACUGGAGGUGCCACUGAACUUCUUCAGAUAAUGGAGACAAGAAACACAGUCAUGCCAGCACCUAUAUUAAAGCAAAGCUGUGAAACGGUGGCCCUUGGUGCUAGAGAAGCGUUGGUGCAAGGGAGUAGCACGCUUCCAAGGCAACUGCCCAAUCCUAAAACUCCGCGACCUCCCUCAGCACCGCCAGAGUCGCAACCUCUUCUUCCCCACACAGCAACGCUAGGAAGGAAGCCGAAGCAACCGAUGCCUGACGAGCUGAGGGUGUGACACUCGGAGGACGGUCAGAUCCAAGGAUUGGCCGAUGAUCUCAACCGCAUCUGUGACCAGCUCAACAAAAAUAAGGAUGAUGGGGAACUCUUCCAUGUAUGAACACUCUGGAAGGCCUACAUUAAUGUUUCAAUAGUUGAUCGUCUGUGCUGAAAGAGUGAAUCAUAUCGUCAAAUAAAUGAGGAAGUUUUUUUUUAAUCUGCGAACAUCAAAUGAAAAAGUGGCGGAGUGUAUUAUAGUGUGUAUAAGAUUUUAAAAAAAUUAUACAAAUCAUUAAAACUACACAGUGCAACAAAAACAAAGAACAUAUGAGUCAUUUUUAAUACUUUUAAUUUGAGAAACAAUAUCUUAUUUAAUAACAUUUAAAAAUAUUAUUUUAAUGUUUCAAUUUAAUGGAAAACAAUUAUAAGCAAUGUGCAUAACUGACUGUUAAAAUUAUAUCCCAUCACCUUUGAAACUCGUUUGUUUUUUAUAUGAGAUAUUGCUUCCCAAAUUUGUCAAUUUUUUUCCAAAAUUACUUUUGGUGCACAGUGUAUAUUUCUGUGUCCAUUAGAUUUUUCAAAUUUAGCAAAUUAUAAAGGGAUUGUCUGAAAUAAAACUCAAUAGAAUGUCCUUUUAUCUUAUAAUAUAUAUUAUAUAUUCUAUUGUGCUCCUAAAGCACACUUCAAAUGUGAUUAAAUGAAACAAAUGCAAAUAUAGGCGAAAAAACGUUAAAAGUUUAACAAAAUGAGAUUAAAAAAGGAAUAUUUUGUUUUUGUUCUGUACAUAAUGUAUUUUCUAUUUUCAAUGUUCACGCUUGUAAAUAUCAGAGAUUCCAGUUGAAAGUUUGUUUAUGUAAUCUAGGAAAAAAGACAAUUAUUUUAAAAAACAUAUUACCUUAAUGUGAAAUAACCUUUUUUCAAUCUGAUGGUGCCCGAAUUGUUAAAUCUAUUAAAUUUUAAGAGAAAAUUAAAACGUGAAAUCUAAUGUUUUCUGAUUUUGAUACUAUCUGUCCUUUGAUUUAUAGUGUAGUUUUUGGAUCACAAAAAUUAACUAAUGAAAAACUUUACAAGGAAAGUUUAUUUUUAUGAAGUAAUAGUUUAGUGCUGGGAUCGAUCAUUUCUCUGUCCUGUUGGGAAGAUGAAAUAUUCCAACCUCAAAAAAAAUUGAGUUUGAGACUAAAACAUUCUCUGUGUAUAUAGCCUUUAUAAAUUUGUGGUAUAAUGAAAAUAAAUGUGAUGGGGUUGUGAACAAAAUAAUUUCGAGUCAGAGAUUAUUGGUGUGCGCUAGUUUAAUUUUCAAACAAAUUAAAGGACGCGUUGUAAAGUACAUUUAGUUAAAAAUGUUAAAAACAGCCUUCCUGUCAAAAUAAUUCCCAAAUAUUAUUUAAAUGAAAGAUUUGUUAUUUUAAAAUUCAUAGUUUUGCUCCAAUAGAAAUAUAAUUUGCAACACAUAACAAGUUGCUUGACUACAAAAAAAGACUAGAAAAAAACUUAAGUGUUUUAAACUGUUAAAAAAAAAUUCU